GCCCGCCCUCUUGAAGGAGGAAGACACUCAGUAGCCAGUCUAAAUAACCGUAAAUAACCUGACGUCAUUACGUAACCAGUCACAAGCAACGAUCUUCAGCCUUGUCCAAUGAGGUCGGGCACGGGUCAUGGCCCGCGGAGUUUAAGUUUAGUCGCGGGACCCGGAAAUGGUGAGCCCAUUGUGGAGGCAAGGAACAGGUUCGGUGGCGCACGGGCGGAGGGCCGCGCUUCCAGCUGAGUUGCCCCGGCCGAGUGAGGGGCUACAGGGCCAAGCCCUGGGCCAGUGGAGGCGUCGUCACCGCCCGUGGCAGGCAAGCCGAGGCGCACGGGCGGACACGUGUGGACGUCUGAGCGCUCCCGGACCAGGACGAGUGCACGCCGGGCCUAGUCCUCUGCGGAUUCCGCGGCAAGGUUCCUUAACGACUGCUUGAAGUUCCCGUGAUUGCCGAGAGGCUGGGCUUCGGAGGAAGGUAUCAAGAAACAAUGUUUCCUUAAAUUUGCUUCUGUAUUUGCCUCAUCAAUGUCAUUCAUAUUGAGUAUCUUAAGAGAGAUGCUGGAAUAUUUUGGUGUUCCUGUAAACCAGGUUUUGCAGAUUUGGGAAAAUAAAGACUAUGGAUCAGCUCGGAGUAUUGUUCGUAUUAUUGGGAAAAUUCUUCCUUUAGAACCUUGUCCCAGGCCUAAUUUUGAGCUGAUCCCACUCUUGAACUCUGUGGACCCAGCUAACUGUGGAUCUGUAGUCCCAUCUUUUGCUGACGUUUUGUAUGUGACGAAUGAUGAAGAAGCCAGUUAUCUCAGAUUUCGAAAUAGUAUAUGGAAAAAUGAAGAAGGGGAGAAAAUUGCUUCUUUCCAUCCUUUGCAACUAGUUGAAGAUCCAUUGACACCUGCUCUAAGGCAUAACAAACCAACAAAAAGUGAUUGGCCUGAAAGUGAAGCUGCAAUUAAAAAAAUAGCUGCCCUUGAAGAUGAGCUAGCUUUUCUUCGCUCUCAGAUUGCUGCAAUUGUGGGAAGGCAAGAACUGAGAAACAGUACAAAUUCUGGCUCCUUGGACUUGAAGAACGACGGACCUAGUGGUUUGGGACACAUGCCAUCAUCAGGGACUACUCAACUGAGUGUCGAACCAGAUUCGUUUUCAAGUUCAGUGUUUCCCUCUCGUCCUCCUCCACCACCGCCUCCUCAGGUUUCUUCUCUACGGCCUCCAUGUUCUCCUCUCGUGCAAACAGCCUCUAAUAAUAUUUGUGCAUCAGAUAAUUCAGCAACUGAAGUGAAAAAACAGCACCCAGAUACUAGGAAAACCAAUUUUAGUCAUCAUUCAAAAAACCAUAAAGAUGUUCCAAACAUGUUGGAUGUUCUGAAGGAUGUGAAUAAGGUUAAGCUACGUGCUAUUGAAAGGUCCCCUGGGGGCAGACCCAUUCAUAAAAGGAAAAGACAAGACUCACCUUGGGAUCCAGUGUCUUUAAUAUCCCAUGCACUUAAGCAGAAAUUUGCAUUCCAAGAAGAAGAUUCCUUUGAGAAGGAAAAUAAUUCCUGGGAGUGUUCUCCAUUUUCUAGUCCAGAAACUUCAAGGGUGAGAUUAUAAGUUUAAAUCUUCAGUUUUUCUAAUGCGUAUUGUUCGUGAUGUAUCUUUGCCUUCAAGUUCCUUGAAGUAAUUAAUUAUGCAGAAUGGGCUUAAAAUUGUUGAUGCUGUGUGCUGCUAAUGUUUCUGUUGUUUGUGUUGACUUUCACGUUCAUUUUUAGCUUUUAGCGUACUAUGAAGUUUUUUUGAGGUGAGACACUUGAUUUGAAAAAUACUUGUGCAUAAGUUUAUAAUGGUUUAUCCUGGGCACGUGCUAACUUGACAUUGCUGUCUGCAGUAUGAACUGGGUGUCUGAAACUUUGAGAGGACCAGAGAAAAAUGGUGUGAUAGAUUCAACCUAACCAUAUUUAAAUGUGAAUAUUCCCAAUAUUUUUUCCGGUCAAAUAUGAAGAUUGAAUUAUUUAGAUAAAUAGGACAUUAACUGUGCUUUUAACAAAGCAGAUGAGGUCAUAAUUACUUCAAUGACCAUGCUCAUUGGAUACUUAAAAAAACUCAUAUUUCAACCCUUGACCCUUAAGAUUGCUUCUUUCUUGAAGUGUCUUUUCUUUGGUUUAGAUACAAUCCAAAUCUGGGGGGGGUGGUUUUCCAUCUCAUAAACUAGUUGAGGUAGUAAAUAAGAAUAAGCCUUAGGAAUGAGAGGAGAGUGAAAGAUGGACAGUAUAUACAGUCCAGUGGGUGGCUUUAGAGUGGCGGACAUCAGUCAGACAGCAAAGGAGAUGGAAAAACUAAAAAGCAGAUGGCAACUCAAAGAGCACAACAGAGCAGGGGAAAAUCAUUCUACUCAGUUUCAGCGUGUGUGUGGUUUCUAAGUUACCGUUGUGCCUGUAAAAUAGCUGAUGCUUAUCAUGUUGACUCAGAAGAUUAUAUUCUUAACUCUAAGAAGGCAAAAAAGUAUAUAGUUUACUUUAGAACUGUUACAAUUAAAAUUACAAAUGUGUCUAAGUGUUCAACAUUUGCAUAGAAAUUUGUAACUGGCAAAGUACUUUUUUUACUCAUCUCAUUUGACCUUUGCAGCAAUAUUUUUUUCUAUCGAAGUAUAGCUGAUUUACAGUAUUGUAUUAGUUUCAGGUGUACACCAUAGUGAUUCAGUAUUUUUGCAGUUUAUACUCUAUUAUAGGUUAUUACAAGAUAGUGGCUAUAAUUCCCUGUGCUAUACAGUAUAUCCUUGUUGCUUAUCUGUUUUAUAUAUAAUAGUUUGUUAAUCCCAUACCCCUAUUUGUCCCUCCCCACUUCCCUCUCUCCUUUGGUAACCACAAGUUUGUUUUCUAUAUCUGUGAGUCUGUUUCUGUCUUGCAUAUACAUUCUUUUUGUUUUGUUUUGUUUUUAGAUUCCACAUAUAAGUGACAUCAUACAGUAUUUGUGUUUCUCUGUCUGGCUUAUUUUGCUAGGCAUAAUAUGCUAUAGGUCCAUCCAUGUUGCUGCAGAUGGCAAUAUCUCAUUCUUUUUUAUGGCUGAGUAAUAUUCCAGUGUGUGUGUGUGUGUGUGUGUGUGUGUGUGUGUGUGUGUGUGUGUGUGUCUGUGUGUGUACCACAUCUUGUCAAUCCAAUGAUCCGUUGAUGGUCCUUGGGUUGCCAAUAUUCCCUCUUUUACACAUGAGGAAAAUGAGUGUGAAAGUGGUUAAGUGAUCUGCCAUCUGACAUCUAAGUGGCAGAGCAGUGAAUAGAACUUGGUUUAUUAAAAUUCUAGGAUAUUUGAAAACCUUCAGUUAUCUCAGAAAUUCACUUAGGUGGAACACAUAGUUUCCCAGUGACAGUGGAUCAAGGAGGUAUUACUGGUUUGUCUUACACUGUUCACUGUUCUUUUCACAUUUUCUUUCCAGCCAACUACAAGCAUCUUAGAGAAAGAGCCAUCUCUUUUUGUAAAUUUUAUAGCACCUUGCUUAGGGAUGGGCACAUAGAGACUCAAAUUGUAGUCUACGGAGAGCUCAGUCUGUGCAGCUGUGACUGUCCUGCUCACUUUCAUGUCCUCAGCCCUGACUGAGCACAGUGCCUGACAUGUAACCCGCUCUUAAACAAUUACUUACUGUUGAAUGAGUUAAGCCUCAAAGGGUUAUUUGGUGUUUGUGUUGCCAUUCUUUUUUUUACAUCAGAAUAGUUUCUGUGUUAAAUAUUUGCUUCAUUUCAGUUUGGACACCAUAUUUCACAGUCAGAAGGACAUUGAACUAAAGGAAGAACUGACAAACACAGCAGGUAUAGCCCAAGCCACGAGCUACAGGGCUAGUGUCUGCACCUACAAGGCAGGAUUGCAGAAGUAUGCCAGCAUACGUAUCCCUACAUGUGAAAGGAUCUCACCUCCUGUUAAGGAAGUUAAAUGUAGUCUAUACACUGAGGUAUAUUAGUGCAGAGGUCUGAAGGAUCUUGACUCUUAAGAAUACCUGUCUCUGGUUUUAGAAGAUCCAGCAGUUAACUGGCUACUGAUGGUAGUUAGGGAAAUGGAUCUUUUUUUUUUUCCCAUGUAUGUUAAUGUUAUUAAAAGCUGAAUGUAUACUUUGAGUGAUUCUCCUAAGAGCUAAAUAGUAAAUAAUUUAAUGUUUCUCAUUAGAGAAGAGUAAGGUCUCAUUAUAAGGUGACAGAUGCCAUUUAAUGGAUUAAGAAAAUGUAAACUAAGUCUGUAUUGUACUACUCAACAGAUGAUAGUACAUUUGGAUUUUUAAAAACAAUUUCUUAAAGCAAUUAUGACUUUCUAACUUAAGAGCCUUUGAAUCUUUUAAAAAUUGGUAGUGAUCGGGGCUUCCCUGGUGGCGCAGUGGUUGGAAGUCUGUCUGCCGAUGCAGGGGAUGCGGGUUCGUGCCCCGGUCUGGGAGGAUCCCACAUGCUGCGGAGCGGCUGGGCCCGUGGGCUGUGGCCGCUGGGCCUGCGCGUCCGGAGCCUGUACUCCGCAGUGGGAGGGGCCGCAAUGGUGAGAGGCCCUAGUACCGCAAAAAAAAAAAAAAAAAAAAAAAAAUUGGUAGUGAUCUGGUUCACUUGGCCUCCAGCAACUUGGAGAUUUUCAAAGAAUAUAAAAUUAUAAUUUGUUCAUUAAGAUAGUCAUACUUUGAAUCAUAGAUUGAACCUCCUGAAAAAUCUUCCUGAGGUGAUAAAAGAAUUAGAAGCUGAUUUUGACCGUUAAAUGCUAGAUUGUAGAAGUAUUUAAAGAAUCUUCUUGAUAAGUUUUGCCUACACUUGCUAUGUAAAUAUGUACGCUUACCACUUUAUUUCCUCUGUUCCUUUGUAAAUAAAUAUGAUUUUUUGAACUUG